CCAUAGCUGCUAUAACGUACUCUAAUAGUUUAAACGGUGAUUUCGUUCAUGACGAUAUUCCGGCUAUAGUGACGAACGGGGACGUGACGGGAACGAAUACGGUAGUGACAGUGUUUAAGAAUGACUUUUGGGGCACACCGAUGAGUGAUCCGGGGAGUCACAAGUCGUACAGGCCGCUGACUACGCUGACUUUCAGACUAAACUACCUCUUCUCCGGCCUCUCUCCCUGGUACUGGCACCUUACCAACGCGUGCCUUCACUGCGUUAGUUGCACGCUAGUCGCGCGCGCGAGCGCGACAAUCGCACGGCUGCGGCGACCAUUUGCAGCGCUCGCUGGCCUAUUGUUCGCUCUGCAUCCUGUUCAUAGUGAAGCGGUAGCAGGAGUGGUGGGCCGAGCUGAUGUGCUAGCUUCAAUAUUCUUCUUAUCAUCAAUACUAAUGUACCACGGAUGCUCCAACCGAUACCGCGCUUGCUGGAGUGUGGUCCUGGCUGCCCUCAGCAUGUUGGCGAAGGAGACUGGCCUCACUGCGUUGCUGGUCAACAUAGUCUUGGACUUGUACAAGAACUGGCCUGGAGCAAGGUGUUCUCUCAUGGUGAAAUGGCGUUGGAAAGGUGACGCGUGCGCACGCAUCACAAUUGCAUUAGCAGGGCUGGUAUUAUUGGCGACGGCGAGAGUAGCCCUUCUGCAGGGUUCGCUGCCUGCGUUCUCACCGCAAGACAACCCACCAGCGUUCCAUCCUUCAUUCCUGGUCAGACUAAUGACGUUCUGCUACCUGGCGGCAUUCAACUGGUGGCUACUUCUCUGCCCGUGGACCCUAAGCCAUGAUUGGCAGAUGGGUUCCGUUCCAUUAGUAACCAGCGGAUGGGACCCUAGGAACCUUCUUACUGUUGCUGCCUUGAUUGUACUGAUAGCACUAUCGUAUAGAUGCUGGAUAGAUUUGGAGUUCCAAAGGCACACCCCUGCUGCAGUGGGUCUGAUGCUGUUGGUGAUACCUUACCUGCCGGCAUCGAACUUGCUGGUCACUGUUGGCUUCGUGGUUGCCGAGAGGGUGCUGUAUUUGCCAAGCGUGGGGUCAGUGAUCCUCACAGCCUACGGGAUCCAACUCCUCUGGCAUCGCUCCAACCGUCGUCUGCUAGUAGUUGGAAUUGCAAUAUUAGCUGCCAGCUUCGCAGCAAGAACUAUCCUGAGGAACGAAGAUUGGAGGACCAGAGAGACACUUUUGAGAGCGGACUUGACAGUGCUGCCGCACAAUGCCAAACUGCACUACAACUUCGCAAACUUCUUGAAAGACAUGGAGCAACAAGAAAAUGCUAUCAAGCACUAUAAGGAAGCUUUGAAAUUGUGGCCGAGUUACGCCAGCGCGCACAACAACCUAGGCACCUUGGUGAUAGCAUCAGGUCGGGCCGAGCACCAUUUUCUGCAGGCGCUCAAAUACAACAGGGAUCAUGUCAACGCGCACUAUAAUCUCGCUAAACUAUACAGGAAGAAAAAUCGCCUCGCUGACUCCCUCAAAAUGAUAGAACGUUGCCUAACACUGGAGCCUCGCUUCGUCCAAGCCUACGUGGAACUGCUCUACCUUAAGAGUGAAGACCAGAAGAGGGGGAUCCUGGACAAACUGCUGGAGCUCGAACCAAGGAACUGGGAGCAUUAUGUGUUGUAUGGGAACUGGUUUAAAGGCAGAGGUCUUCUACCCAUCUCUCUAAAUUACUACAUGACCGCCUUGAAAUUCUCUCUCGCAAGUGGAGAGCGCCACGGCGUCGCAGCACUCCGCGCAGCGUGCCUCGUGCUUCGACAGAAGGGGCAAUGGGCGAGGGCGUUACAUCUUAUUAUCAGGUCUCCUACAUGUCUCUCUAAAUUACUAUACGACCACCUUGAAACUCUCUCUCGCAAGUGGAGAGCGCCGCGGCGUCGCAGCACUCCGCGCAGCGUGCCUCGUGCUUCGACGGAAGGGGCAAUGGGCGAGGGCGUUACAUCUUAUUAUCAGGUAGAAUUAUGGCAGACCGCCCGCGGAGACGCACGUGCAGCGAACGCUCGGGCGCUAUGGACGCGCGCGUGGCGUCUACGCAACGAGCUGGAGGGACGUGCUGCAUUAUACGCUCGCCCUAGGACAAACCCUGAUCAGACAAAAUCAACAUGCCUCGACUACAGUCAACUGGAACUGCGGAAUCCUGUAGAAAAACACAAGAAAAAUACAGAUAUGAAUUCACUUCUCAGCGAAGCUAAAAAUAAUGCCAAAGAUAUAAGUUGCCAAAACGAAUGUGCCAAAAAAGUAUCAAUACCGACUCAGUAUAAACCCAUACAUAAUAAGAGCGAGACGGGGAGAAAGAGCUGCUCCUUGAGGAAGAAAGAGAUAAAAGAUGCGGAUUUCACGCCUUUUGUGUCUGACCAUUUGAUAAAGACUUAUUAAUAUAAGUUUAGUUAAAUAUAAGAUGUGUAAUAAGUCAAUUUUAGCGGGAAUAUUACCAAGAUCAAAUUUGAUUUUGAAUAAAAGCAGUAUUUUAUGGACAGUUAAUUAACAAGACUUUUAGUUACAUAACAAAAGUCUACGACAACAAAACACCUUAAGUAUUUUUAUAU